GCCGCCAUCUUGAAUUUCGGUUCUACGUUUUACAUUCCCAAUCGCCUGUGUCGGGUUUCGUGAAAUCAGAAGAAUGUCUUCUUUAAGCGGCGAAGAGAGUGAAAUCACUGCGACUGAAACAGCACGUCGAACGAGAUCGGGACGUGCGAGAAAGUCGCCGGUUGUAGCGAAGAAAUCGCCGGCGAAAAAACUGUUGGCGAGAGCGACUCGCUCCCAAAAAAGAAUACAGGAAGUUGAACUGGAGGAAGAAACGUCUCUGGGUGGCGAAGAAGUUAUCGAAGAAAUGGACGAAGCUCCUGAAAACGGCGUUCAACAGUUUGACGAUGUAAUCAUUGAACAUCCCGAGGAAGAAACGACAACGAUGCAUUUAGAAUUAGAUGAUUCCCAGGAUGCGAACAGUCGAGACGCUGGCAUCAUUCAAGGUCUUCACAUGGAUCAGAAUGCUCAGGCUGUUCCUGAACUAGAGGCUCCGCCACCUCCAGUCGUAAGCAGUAUACCUACUGCGACACCUAUUUUGUCCACUCUAAAAAUAAAGGAAUCUACCCAGCUCUUGGAGGGACCUAAUGAACAAAUAGAGACUAUUAUCACAUUGGAAGAAAAUAGUAUGGAAAAGAUGGAAAUACAAGAGAACGAUCAUGUAGUAUUUACAGAAGUUAUUUCCAACGACGCGGAUGGUAUAAUGCAAGUCGUUGAAAUGUUGGAAGGAGAUGAUACUCCACAAGUAUCUGAUAUUUGCAGUACAGAUACAGUGGACUUGAAGAGAAUCGGAAUUAAAGUAAUGGAUGUAAUCGACGGAGAGGACGUUGUAGAAGAAGUUCAUACUAUAGAAGAUAUAGAGACUAGUAUAAAAGAAACUGGUGAAGCUGAUACUGCAAAAGAACGUGAAUCUGUACACAUUAAAGUUGAACAAGAUAUUAAAAUAAAGAAAACGGAACCAGAUACAGAAGCUGUCUCCGAGGAUGAAUUACCUAGUGAAGCUACAGCAAAGGAACCUGAAACGGAAGCAGUCUCCGACGAGGAAUUACCUGCGGCACCUCCAGCGGACUUGGGCGAAACUGAAUCUGUCUCAGAAGAUGAAUUACCUCCAGACAGCGAGAAGAAGAAGAAGAGUGGACCAAAGUCAAGGAAAACGCCGGAGAAGAAUGUAAAACCCGAAGGAGGAAAUAAACGUAAAUUAAACGCCGAGGGAGAAUACGAUCCAAGUUCACCGACUUCGGAAAACAAUGACGAGACUCCAGCCAAAAAGGUUGCACUUUCUACGGAUUCCGAUGCGGGAGAGAAAUCUGACGCUAAGCCUGCAUCGCCGAAAAAGAAAACGCUUCCCGAAUUGGAGAAAUACUGGAAAGCUGUCAAUGAAGAUCCGUCUGAUUUUACUGGCUGGACGUACCUGUUACAGUAUGUUGAUCAAGAG